AUGUGGUAUGCAGAAUUAAAGUGUGCCAGUCAGUGGCUACGUUUCCAGGUCCACGCUGUCGGCUUCCCACCAGGAGUGGUCAAUAUCCUUCCGGGCUUUGGAGAGACCGCGGGCUCCGCGCUGGCUCGCCAUCCUCAGGUGAACGCGAUCACCUUCACUGGCAGCACGGCAGUGGGCAAGCUGAUUAUGCAGGCGGCGGCAACGAAUGUUAAACGCCUCAGUCUUGAACUGGGUGGCAAGUCACCGCUCAUCAUAUUUGCGGAUGCUGAUCGUAAGUCACUUAGCUUGUAUUGA